AUGACUACUUUUGACGGAGAAAAAAUAUAUUAUACCAAUUAGAAAUUUACAACAGAUGAGUAUUUAAUUUUAUUAACAUAUUUAAUAGGGAAUUCAAUCAUGAAUCAACAAUUACAGAUGCAGGAAAAAGAAUAUUAAAAUUUCUUAAGGAAUUUCAUUUUCAAGACAAAUUCAUUUAUAGAGAUCAACUUAAAGAAAAUGUUGCUAAUAAUGAAUAUAUUUUGAGAGUUGAAAUAAAUGAUAUUGAAAAUUCUGAUAAGGAAUUAUAUUCUUUUAUUUUGGAUCGUCCAUAAGACAUACAAGAGACUUUUGAAGAUAAAAUAAAAGAAGUAUUCAAUAAAUAUUAAAAUUAAGUUAUAUAGUUAAGAAAAGAUGAUUAAUAAGAGUGAUUGUCCAGAUUUUUAAUUGCAAUUAAUUUCAUAAUAAAAUCCAGAUUUACUUCGUAAUUUAACAGCAUAAUAAAUUGGAAAAUUAGUUACAAUUAAAUGCAUUAUUUCAGCAUCUAAAUCAAUAAAAGUGAAAGCAAAGAAAAUAUUAAUAAGAUGUAGAGAAUGUCAAGAUGAAUAACAUAUUAAUCUUGGAUAUGGACCAAAACCAGUCAAUUUACCUAGAUAUUGCUUAGGAAAAGCAUAAUAAAAGGGUGCUUAGACAGAUGCAUAAUGUCCAACAGAUCCAUAUGUGAUAAUUCCUGAAGAAUGUCAAUUUAUUGAUUAAUAAACAUUAAGAAUUCAAGAGUUAUCUGAAGCAAUUCCAACAGGAGAAGUUCCAAGAAAUUUCAUGGUAUAUUGUGAUAGAUAUUUGGUAAAUAAAUUAAUUCCAGGACAAAGAGUGAUAAUAACAGGAGUGUAUUAAGUUCCACCAAAAGGAUCAGCCACUAUAAAAAGUAAUGCAAUGGAUGCUGAAUUACUUUUACCAUAUAUUCAUGUAUUUGGUGUAUAAACAAAUAAAGUUAAUAUCAAAUAAGGAUUAUCUGAAGCUUUAAGAUAAGAAUUCAAAUCUUUAAGUAGAAAUAAAGAUGUUUAUAAAAUAAUUACUAAUUCAAUUGCACCAGCCAUUUAUGGUCAUGAAGAUAUUAAAUUGGCAAUUGCUUGUUUACUAUUUGGAGGAACAUCAAAAACUCUUCCAGAUAGUAUGAAAUUGAGAGGAGAUAUCAAUGUAUUAUUGAUAGGUGAUCCCAGUACAGCAAAAUCUUAAUUAUUGAAAUUUGUUGAAAGAGCAGCAGAUAUAAGUGUAUACACAAGUGGUAAAGGAAGUAGUGCAGCUGGUCUUACAGCAACAAUAACAUAUCAACAUAAUACAUCAUAAUUUACUUUAGAAGCAGGUGCUUUGGUAUUAGCAAGUGGUGGAGUAUGUUGCAUAGAUGAAUUUGAUAAAAUGAGAUCUGAAGAUAGAGUUGCUAUGCAUGAAGCAAUGGAAUAAUAGACUAUAUCUAUUGCUAAAGCUGGUAUUACUACUAGAUUAAAUGCUAAAUGUUCAAUUUUAGCUGCUGCUAAUCCUAUUUUUGGUAGAUAUUAAGAAAACAAAUCUAUAUAAGAAUAAAUUGAAUUAUAAACCACUAUCUUAUCUCGUUUUGAUAAUAUCUUUAUUAUUAGAGAUGUAAGAUCUAUAGAAAAUGAUUAAAGGUUAGCUAAUCAUAUUAUAUCUCUUCAUACAGGAUAAUUUGCUGAUUAAGAAGGAAUGUAAAUUGAAUAAGAUGGUAAUAAUACUUUAGAUCUUAUGAAAUUAAAAUAAUACAUCAAAUAUGCAAAAUCUACUGUUAAACCUUUACUUACAGAAUAAGCAGCUUAAAUGAUUCAGAAUCUAUAUGUUGAUGAUAGAUAAAAGAGUUAAUAACCUCAUCAUUCAAAAAGUGGAGGCAAAUCACAUAUACCAAUUACUGUUAGAUAAUUAGAAGCUAUUAUUAGAAUUAGUGAAUCAUUGGCUAAAAUGUAAUUACUUGAACAUGUCAAAGAAGAACAUGUAAAAGAGGCCCAUAGAUUAUUCUAAACUUCUACUAUGAUGGCAGUUUCAUUAGGAUCUAAGUAUAUUAUUAUUUUACAAUUUUAGAGAAUUUGGUCUUGAUUUAUCUAAUGACUUAAAAUAAUUAGUAGGUAAAAUUGAAGAAUCUAUCCUUAGAAGAAUAAGUAUAGGAUCAAAGAUUCCAGCUAACAGAUUGAUUCAAGAAUUAUCUGAUAGAUUUAAUAAUUAAAGGGCUGUAGAAUUUGCUAUACAUAAUUUAAUUUAAACAGAGUAACUUUAAUAAGUAGAAAUGAAAAGAAUGUUAAUAAGGAAAAAGUGA